AACAAAGAAGCAAAUAAAGCAGCUUAACGAGAAAAGAUUGUAGAUAAUACUAUGGGAAUUGUCCAUUUGAAAGGAGACCCAAGAAAGGAUAGCCCAAGAAACAGGACAAGAUGGUAAAUUCAUCGUAAAAGUAGGGUUUAGCCAGCCCUUUCGUUUUUUUUUUCCUUCUUUUUCUUCCCAUUUCGUUUGCCUCUGCUCUGCACCUUCACGUCACUUUGAUUUCUGCUUGAAAGGUUUCCUAUGAAUUCUUUUUGUUCUGCAGUGAGGAAAGAGUUUGAAAAUCAACAAGCAAAAUGUCAGGUGAGGAGGCUGUUGCCACUGUUGCUCCAAUUGAGGCACCUGAGAUGGAUUUGACGACAGCUAUCCAGGUUGUGUUGAGAAAAUCACUUGCUCAUGGUGGGCUUGCUAGAGGCCUUCAUGAAGGUGCAAAGGUGAUUGAGAAGCAUGCUGCCCUGCUCUGUUUGUUGGCAGAGGACUGUGACCAACCUGACUAUGUCAAGCUGGUCAAAGCACUUUGCUCUGACCACCAAACUGAUUUGUUGCCCAUUCCAAGUGCCAAGGUCCUUGGCGAGUGGGCUGGUUUAUGCAAGAUUGAUUCAGAGGGAAAAGCCAGGAAGGUAGUUGGUUGCUCCUGUGUUGUUGUGAAGGAUUUUGGAGAGGAUAGUACAGCUCUUACUUUUCUUCAGGACCAUAUCAAGUCCCAAGGAUAAGCUAGUUUAUUGGGUUUGAACUAGAGAUUAACAUUCACAGAGCCUAUGUUGAUUAGAGUCCAGGGAGACCUUUUUUUGACCGUGUUCCAUCUUUUGUAUUUUGUCUUUCAUUAUUGCGGGCGAAAACACCCAUAAUUGUAUUUCAUAUGCUGAGACAUGCAAACAUUGCUCUCUCCUUUAUGGUCUUAAGCAUGUUACUACUUUUUUCUUUUUGGCUGAUAUAAAACAUUACUCUUUGGCGUAUAUUUCAAGUAAAAUAUGAAGAAACCUUGCUUCUUGAAG